CCCCGGAUGACGGGACGUUAGAGCCGCGUAUAAAGGGCGCGGGGAAGGCGGGAGCGGGCGCAGUUUUGAACUGGCGCCGCCGUCUUCGCAUCGUCAGGGAGGUCUGCGCUCAGUUCUGCUUUCGUGUGUCUCAUUCCAAGGCCUCAUUCGAAAUGGCCGGUGGCAAAGCUGGGAAAGACUCUGGGAAGACCAAAACCAAGACGGUGUCCCGUUCACAGAGAGCUGGCUUGCAGUUCCCUGUUGGCAGAAUUCACCGGCAUCUGAAAUCCAGGACUACCAGUCACGGCCGUGUUGGGGCUACGGCUGCUGUAUAUAGUGCUGCCAUCUUGGAGUAUCUCACAGCUGAGGUUCUUGAACUAGCAGGAAAUGCAUCCAAAGACUUGAAAGUGAAGCGUAUCACUCCCCGUCACUUGCAGCUUGCAAUAAGAGGUGAUGAAGAAUUGGAUUCCCUCAUCAAAGCAACAAUUGCUGGCGGAGGUGUCAUUCCACACAUCCAUAAAUCUCUUAUUGGAAAGAAAGGGCAACAGAAAACAGUUUAAAAGAUUCCUUGUUAACUUGGGACUUUUAAAUGCUCAGUUGUCUGGUGUUGGUGGAUUUCCAGUGGACUGCAUCUGUGAAACACAAUUUUUGCCUUUCUGUAACCUUGAAGAUGGAGCCCAUCAAGAUACAUAACGAACCAAAAUUAUACAUUGAAGUCUUAACCUUAUUUAAGUGUUACAUGGCUUCAGAGAAGCUGUUGUCUGUAGUGGUGCCUGACUGUUUUUAGAUUUGUUGGGUUUAAUUAAAUUCUUGACAUUGUUGCUAAUGUAUAAUUUUUUAUGCUUCAAAUUUCCUUUAUUCAAUUAUACACUAUACCAUUUAACUACAAAAGUUUCUUGACAUUUUUAUUUUUAAGUAAAUAAAAAGAAAGCUUGAAGUGUGAGACUCACGUCAGUCUCUUGUCUUAAAUAAAAUUGUUUCAGGAGAAACAGUAUUGGGACUUUUUACAGGCCUUGUUUCACAUCUGGUGAAUUUAAUAAAUGUUAUAUCAUUAUGAA